GUAAAAAUAAUCAUAAGGCCAACCGAAUACGCUCAUCUCCUUGGCAUAUAGAAAACUAUUUUCCAACUUUUUAUACAGUCGUUGAGGUGGCUGCGUAAACGCCAGUAGUUAGUUCCUUUUUUUUUUCUUCGACAUCUGAAAAAACUGAAAAGCGUUUGUGUCGCUUUCGAUAUAAAUUCCUUGACAUAAUAAUAAACCAAAUCUAUUUCGGUAUCUAUGUUUUUCUCGAGCGUGAAAUUUUAGUUAAUCGAGAGACGACUUAUGGAUGCGUUUGAAUUUUUGUUUAUUAUUUGGAGACGUAAUGUCGUUGUUCAAUGAUGAUAUUUUGGUACUUUUGUGAUUAAUGUGAUAUGGGCCAAAAUAUCAGUAGCUGUUGUUCGUGUUCUACUGGAAAACAUGCUCAAGGGUGUUACGGAUCUAUUUCUAGUGGGUCAAAAGAUGGAGGCGCACCCAUCGUACCAGAAAGAAGAAGACAACUCAGAAUCAAUAAUAACACUAUCCAACUGGCAUUGGAUAACGUUCAUAAAGAUGACGCUGGCCUUUACACAAUAACAGCGAGGUCACCUCUAGGCUCUGCUUCUAGAGAUGUCGAACUAAGGGUUGGUGCUUGCGAUAAAGACGGUGAUGAACCUCCGGCGUUCCUUAGACGACUGAAUAAUUUGUCCGUCAAAGUUGGAACUAGAACUAGAUUUUUGGUGGAAAUAAGGAGCAAUAGUGAUUUGGUAGUAGAAUGGUUAAAAAACGAACUAAGAAUCAAUGAAGGAGAGAGAUAUAGAUUGGUUAACGAAGGAGGGUUUCACUGUGUAGAUGUCGCCCCUGUUACGAUUAAAGAUAUGGGCCGAUGGACCUGUACAGCGAAGAACAAAUGUGGACAAGCAUCCAGUUCAUGUCAUCUCAACGUUCUAGUACCAAAGACAUACAAAGCACCAGAGUUCCUGGAAGAACUUCGUGCUCUUCUCACCGAACAAGGUACUGUCUCAUUGGAGUGCAAGGUCGUAGGGGUACCAACACCCACACUCCGCUGGUUCAAGGAUGGUAAUGAAAUUCACGCUGGAGAUGUAUUUGCAUUAACUGCCGAUCCCAACGAUUUGACAUCUCUUGGAGUAUACACGUGCGAAGCUGUUAAUUGUAUGGGGAAAGCUAUUUCCAGUUCCAAAGUACACGUAAUCGAUAAUAAAGAUGCAUCACUUAAACCAACAGAAAGUUUGCCGACCGGACCUCCACCCAAAUUUACACGAGAUUUACAAGACGAAACGAUAAAAAUAGGCGAUUCAAUAUUAUUAACAUGCCAAGUGUCUGUACCUCCUUGGCCAAAAUCGAUACAUUGGUAUAACUCAGAAGGAAAAAUUGAUGAUCAAAUGCCGGGGAGUAGGUACAAGCAAAUGGCAGAUGGUAUUGGAGGGUAUAUGCUUGAAGUGAAACCGACCGAAGCAGCUGACCAAGGUGAAUGGAAAUGCGUCGCGACUAGUGAAACUGGCGUCGUUUCCAUUUCAACAUGUAAUAUUAAUAUGAUAAUACCAAAGCACUUUAGAAAACCAAAAUUUAUGGACACAUUGAAAGCAGUAUUAACUGAAGAAGGAUUGGUGUCAUUUGAAUGCAAAGUAGUAGGAUCUCCAACACCACUACUGAGGUGGUUCAAGGAUGGACAAGAGCUUAAGCCGGGCGACGUAUAUCAAUUAACAGGUACCAAUUCCUUGGGUUCUUACUGCUGCAUUGCGAAAAAUUGCAUGGGAGAAGCUAGGAGCUCAGCUGAGUUAACCGUUGAGGAUAUCGAAAAUCAACUAAACGACGAAGAAAGAGAACAACUUAUCACCAAUAGCCAAGCUCCUAAAUUCAUUCAAGGCUUGAAAAGCACCGAAACCAAAAUAAAUGAGCCAUUUAGAUUCACCGUUCAAGUGAGUGUAACUACACCUCUACCAUACAUAUCAUGGUACAGAGAUGAUCAGCCCAUAACGAACGAACCAGAAAAAUAUAUAGUUUUCCGCGAAAAUCUCGGUGUGUGCCAUCUCGAUUUGCGACCCGUAGAACUCAACGAUCAAGCAGAAUGGAAAUGUGUAGCUACGAAUGAUUUCGGCCAUUCGGUUACAUCGUGCUUUUUGCAAAUAAGCAUUCCAAAACAUUUCAGGAAACCGAAAUUUCUGGAAUGUUUACGCGCGGUGUUGUCAGAAGAAGGUGCCGUUAAUUUAGAAUGUAAGGUUAUAGGAGUACCGCAACCGGUUUUGAAGUGGUACAAAGACGGAAUCGAGCUUAAACCAGGUGAUAUACAUAGAAUAACAUCAGGACAGGAUGGUACGUGUUGCUUGGGAACAUAUACGUGCGAAGCCAGAAACUGUAUGGGAACUGUAGCUAGUUCGGCUUCAUUAUUAGGAUUCGAGGACCAAAAACCAAGAAAUCAACACGCUGAAUUGGAACGCCAACUAUCUCUAUCGACCAUUCAGGAAGAGAGAACUUCACAAAUGUAUGAUACCGCUGGGGAUCACUCUAUCACUUUAGCCGAUCACGGAGAAGUAUCUUUCUCAUUUGACGGUAAGGAGGUAUCAGUUUCUUUAUACGAAACUCCGGAUUUGACAGAGGAGGAAGCAAUUCAGGUAGUGGAAAUGUACGCUGAGCAACUUUCUGAACAUUUUUCAGAACAUAACGUCAUCGAAUUACCACCUCUUAGAUUCGUGAAGGAGUCUUCUCAAUCUGGGAACCUUCUAAUGGAGGCAGUUCUCGUAGACGUUUCCGAAGAUUAUUUCCAUACAGCGGAAGAGGACUUGAGAACAGAGGCGGACGUAGAUGAAAUUUUGUCUACUACUAAUGAAGCUACAUUUACAUCUGAGAAAUUGAAAAUAGAAUUAACUUCUAGCGGAGAGUUUCCUAAAAGACCACCCCGUAAAUCUGAUUCUCUAAGAAGUAAUUCGUACUAUAGUUUAACACAAAAUUUAUCCAUAGAUUCGGAAAAAGGCGAUGAAAGCUUAGCAGGUGCUGCUGAAUUAGAUACCGAAUCCUAUGGAGAGUAUGAAAGCGCCAUAAGUUCAGAUAAAAAUCAAAUUUUUGAAGAAAAUGCAUUCAAAGUAGCUGCUAUCACGGAAACAUCAAGUUUACCAGGAGAUGACGAUAGAAGACCUCUAACACCUCAUACAGCCCACGAAAUAGGGUCCGAUUUAAGAGUAAAUCGAAGUGAAAGCCAAGAAAUGAAACAAAGGAGACGACAAUCAUCUCAAAGCUCGGAUGAAAUGUCCAAAGACGGUUUUAGAAGAGGGGGAGAAAAUGUUAAAAAAGCCAUUAGUCUGGAAAUAUCAGAAGCAUUACAAAGAGAUCUUCAAGGCGAAGAAGGAGAUGGAUUGGUGAUAGAUCCUAAGUUGACAGCUAAUAGAAUAACAGAGCUUUUAGAUGAAGCGAAUAUGAUAAUGAAAAAUUUACACUUGACUUUAGAAGAAGUACUUUUAGAUCUAGCUACAGUCCAAGAUAACAUCUCUACUGAGAAGUCUUCGAACACUGCUGCCAGUUCUGAAAUACUUAAAACUAUCACCCAACCAAUUAAAGAUCUUAAAACGAUUUUCGAAACAUUUCAACAAAAAGAAAUACGACCCGAAAUAUAUGUUGUCGAAUUAGUGGCACCGCCAAUUUUUGAUUUACAAAAAUGUCUCAUAGUGGUUGAAAAUUGUAUAAACGUUAAAAGGAAGGAGCAUACUUUGAUACAGAAAACUUGUUCGAAUAUAUUAUUGAAGACAGGGAGUAAAAUUCAGCAUGCCUUAAAUUAUGUAGAAAAUAUCGCAGUUUUGGAAAAAGAGCUGAACAUAACGCAAGCCACGGGAAGAAUGACACCUUCCAAAAUAAUACAAGAAGUAUGUAUUACCAUUAAGGAAAUGCAAGUCAAAUUGGAUAAAAUGAAUUUAUUAUUGGCAGAAAAACCGCAAAGUCUGUCACAUAGAUCUAGAAGACAUUCCAGCACAGAUAUAGAUGUACUAGAUAAAUUGAUGGAAGCUGCUGAAAAUAUUCAAGAAACAGUUAUCGAUAUACAGAAAAUGGUUACCAAUAAUUCCUCAGAAGAGCAACGUAUUUCUUUGGGUUCAAUUAUGCUAGAGAAAUUACAAGAUCCCGUAGAGAUUUUGAUUAGAGAGAUAAAAAUCAUUCAAAAAGAAGCAAUGAGGCAUACUACUGAAAAGUCUUUGCAACAAGAAGUUCGACGUGCUCUUUUAGAUCAUAUAAGUACUCCAGUUGAUGAUAUUUCAAAAAGUUUGAAUGUAAUAAAAGUUCAGGAUCCAAAUGACAAACAUUCUGCGGUAAUCAAUAUGAAUAUCCUAGAUUCUUUACCUGCUCCCGCCGAAGCAAUAAUUACUUCACUGAAUAGAAUCAAAGCAUCCGUUAAACAAGAAACAGACAUCUCAAAUUCAAACGAGGAAGUUUUUACUGAAGUACUAGAUAAAGUGACAAAACUUGUUUUCAGUAAUAUAUCUCAAGCUAUCGAAGAAUUGUUAAAUAGUAUCGAAACCGCGAGGAAAAAUGUUUCUGAUACAAGUAUUUUGAAUAGCUUGGCGCACUUUGCUACCUUGCAAAAUGAUCUCGAGAACACAGUAAAAGAAGCUAGUAAGUAUCAGACUCAUGCUACUAUUACAGCUUUGGAAAAUUUGAACGAACCAAUACAUUUACUCAACAGUUUGAUAAGAAGUAUUACUCCGACUUCAGGAAGAUAUAUUUUAGAAGACAGUGUUAAUUUGCUCGAUGUACUAGAAGACUCUGUUAUAAUAGACGAUACUGUGUUACAAAGUAUGGAUUUAUGUGUCUUAUUUACCGUUUUAAGGAGUAAAAUUUAUGAAAUUAGAGAAAAAGUCAACACAUUAAUAGAACCUGUGACUAGCCCAGACCAUGUCUACGAGGAAAUAGAAAAUACAGAAGAAAAUGAUAUGGUUAUUGUACUUGAGGAAUCUUCUUCAACAGUUGUUCCAAAUUCUUUACUCGAAGACACUAAAAGAGCUCUAGUUCAAGUAAACGAAUGUUGCAUGGAGCCAUAUUUAUCUAUGCUUGAACCAUUUUUGUCAAGAAUAAAUGAUCUUAAUAUAAUAGUUGAUGAUAACCUCCUCUGUAAAUUAAAAACAGAAUUAACGAUAAACGAUAGAACAUCACUUCAGAAACAUGUUAUUCCUCUAGAAAUUAUAGAAAACUUAAUAAUAGGUUCGUUGGAUUUAUUAGCUGAUCAGGCUGAUAAUGAUGUGCAACGACAACUAUUUCAAACAUUUCAACACCUACAAUAUAAUGUUGCUGUCAUGCAUCAACAGAUAUUAGAUGAAACUCAACAUUUGGAAACGUUGGUACAAUACGGUGAACAAAAUAUUGAGGAAUUGCGACAGAAAAUUAUAAGUAUGAGAAAAUUUUUACCUAUAACGGAACAACUAUCAGAUGAAAAUAGAGUUGAAGUGAAAGAAAAUAUAAGUGAGCUAGAAAAAACUUUAGCUAUAUUCUAUGAAGUUAAUAUGUCUGAACAAAAUGAACAAAUACCAUGUGACGUUUACGAAACUACAUCACAAAUUCUGGAUCGAAUAGAAUGUAUUAAAUCUAGUCCUAUAUUCGAAAGCAACAAAGUUUUGGUUGAAGAGCAUUUCGAUGUAGUGAAUAAGUUAUCUGAACCACUUGAUAUACUUGAAGAAAAUUUAGAACACAUCCAAAAAACUCAAAUGAACAGAAAAGAAACGUUUGCGUCCAUUCGAGAUCCUCUUAUAUCCAUUAAUCACAUUUUAGAAAUGAUUCCAGAUGAAAUGAAAAUAAAAUUGUUUACAUUAUACAGCCCUUUGAGAAAUUGUAUAGAGAUAAUUUCUUUAGAAUUAUUUAACUACGAUAUACAAACCAGCGAUUUCCCAGAUUUGUUACGUAUUUCAGAAUCAUUACAUACCCUAACAUUUUCAAUACCUUCCAGCAGUGAUCUUAAUGAAUUAUCUACAAUCAUUGAAGAAAUAAUUCCAAACGCUAUGGAACUUCUAACUGUGUUAAAACAAAUUGAAAACGAUAGACUUAAACAAAUCGUGAAUUCUUUAGUUGAUUUUGUUGGUGCUAUAUUGGAGCUACAUGAUCAUAUACGCGAUGAAGACAAUGAUCAGAAUGAACAUUUACAGACGUUGAAAACCAAAAUUAACUUAAUGAGAUCUAGAAUACCAGAAAAUAUUUGGAAAGAAUUGCAAGGUAUGGUGGAAGUGAGUCAACUUCUAUUUUCAAAAUAUAUGAAAGAAAGUGUUCUGCUUAUAGAGGCUGAGAAUAUUUUAGAACAAUUAGAUACAGUAAUAGAAAAUAUUUCAAAUAAUGAAUUUUUGCUAUCAGAUUUCAGUACAUUAGAAUCAUUGAAAGAAUCUACUGAUAACUUCGUGAUCACUUCCGAUACGGACAUUCUGUUUGCUGAAUCAAUACGAAGUGUUGUUCUAAAUUUAUUAAAUUAUAUGAAAGAAAAUAUUCAAGACCCCAAUACUUUAUUAGAACCUGCCACAGAAAAAGAGAUAACAGACAAGUUACAAUGUCUAGAAGAUAAUAUCAAAACAUUUUCAGAAACUUACUCAUCCACUAUCAAAACGCCUUUACUAAAUGCUUUACAAAUAAUAAGUAACGGAUGCUCUCAUCAUAUAAUUGACAUUACAAAUAAUAUUUUACGUGGUUUGUUAAAUUCAGAAGAAGGGUUAUUGGAAGACAAUCUGUUAUUACUGGAAAAUGAAUUAUUUAUGAUUGGACAUGAUGUUCCUAUAGAGCUUUCGGAAGCUCUAAAAAAUGUAAAAACUUUACUAACAAUAGAACAGAAAAGAAUGGCGAUAAUAUCAAAACUCAGACAUUUGGAAUUGAAAUUAACAAACAUACAAAAGUUAUUAGUGGGCCCUAUCCAAAAAGCCAUUAUUCAAACUACAUACGAAGAUCUGUUGACUAUACUCGAAGGAAUUGGAGGUUAUAAUAAUGGGGAAGGAAUGGAAUUCGCUCUGCUAAUAAUUGAACAAUUAGAAGACCUGGUUGAACAUUCUCGAGAUAAUUUAGAAAAUAAUAUAGUUACAGUACUAGAUACUGAAUAUUUAGAUGAAAUGUUUAGAAACUCACCAUUUGCAGAAGAAGAUACGAUUGGAAGAUUACAAAACUUGGUUAAACUAUUGAAAAAAUUGAAUGAGGAACUGGUCGAACAACAAUUGAAUCUCGAGUAUUUAAAUUUAAUAAAAGAAUUGUUGUUAUUACCUAAAGUAAGAGGUUAUCAAAUUUAUAGUAAUUUAAUUCAGCAUACUGAGAGUUUGAUGAAUAAUAUAACUAAUAUAGUUCAUGACAUAAAAAAAAGUGAAUCUUCCAAAGCUAUACGUGAAUUAUUAAACAGCAUAAACUCCUCCUUAGAAGAGGUAUUACUUAGGGACGAUCCAAAUUCGUUAGAUGAAUUUAAGCUAAGCAUAGAAAAAAUAAAUUUAAUAUUAGGUCGUACCGAUUUUCCGGAAAAUAAAAAAGCUGCAGUAACAGUUAAUGUAGAAUCAUUAAAGGCAGAGAUUAAUAAAAUUAAAUCUAUUAAUCAAAGUAAAGAUAAUUUCAAUGAUAUUUUGAUUAAUAUCAAAAAAAUAGAAAAUGUACAAAUCAGAGAUGAUUUUUCUGAUAAAAUAAAGAAGCUAGUAGAACACUUAGAGAAAUUGGAUUGUGAACAGGUUUAUACAUUAGAAAAAUAUUCAGGAACCUUAAACCAAGUACUUCUAGAUAUAUCCAAUCAAGAGAAUUUUGGUUUAAUUGAUGGAUUAGAGGAGCAACUUAAAAAUAAAUACAUGGGAAAAGAAAUUUUCGAACUUAUUCAAAGUAUUGAUACUUCUAUAAAGAAUAUAAUGCCAAAACAAUCUUCCGAUACAAUAGAAUCACCACAAAUGGAGCAGUUGCUUGAAACCAUGAAGUUAUUUGAUGACAUCGAAACAAAACUCAAUAUUGAACUUAAGCAAGCCGUAGAAAGUGUUAUACAAAUUGCGGAAACAGUUCCAGAAGAUGAUUAUCUAAACAAAGACGUUAAUAAGAUGUUAGAUCAUUUAAAUUUGCUUAUAAAGUUAUUAUUGAAUGAGGAAUCAUUCGAUUAUUCACAAUGUGAAUCUAAAUUAACUGAAAUUAAGGAAAGCAUAAAAAAUCUUCCACAACUAUCUUCAUGUAUAAAUAAUUUGAUUCGUAUAACUAUAGCAAAUUUAGAAACUAAACGUUAUAUUGCAAUAAAAAAUAUACUUACGAAACAACUUAAUAACUUACAAGACGUUUGUGAGAGGUAUAAGAUAAAAAAAUGUCAUAAAAAUAUCUUACCCGACAGUUUAUCUUACACAAUACCACUUAUUUUAGAAGAUAUACCCAAAGUGAAUAUUGUGAAUGAAAACGAAGUUGCGUUUAUCGAAAAUUGUAUUAUUAUGAUUGAAACAUUGAACGAUUUUAUUAUAUCUGAGCAAUAUAACAUAACUGAAGAAUAUAUUAGGAUAAUAUCUAAGUUCUUAGAACAUAAUAAGCUAAAUACUACAGUCCCUUUUAUAAAAACAUUGCAGCUUUUGAUAAGCAAAAGUCUGUUUAUUCUCAAAGAUAUUCGUGAAAUCGAAAAACAAAACGAAAAAACUAAAAUGGAGAAUAUACAAUUAGCAACUGAUUCGAUGCAGAAUUUAACAAAAAAUAUUGCGGCAAUAAAAUACAAAUCAGUUGAUAAAGAUAAAAUUAUCGAAUUGCAUAAAUGUUCGUAUGCAUUGCAAACAAAUAUUCACGAUUUGAUAGAGAAGCCUUUGAAAGAAAAUGACAAUAAAUUUUUGGAAAAUAUGAGCAAAAUAUUCAGCGAGAUUGAUACUUUCAUCAACGAAAAAUUAAUUACUGACAGUAGUGCACAAGUUCGAUUCAAUCAAAUAUCAAUAUUCAUAAAUAUUUUGAAAGAAGCAUCAAAGAGUAUAGAUCAAAAUUCUGCAAUCAUGAGUUUAUCUCCUUUACUAAAUGAUUUUGUUGAUCUAUUGCCAAAUAUUCUGAAGCAAUUAGAAAAAGCACAUGCGGAUGAAGUUAAAAAGUACAGUGCCGAUAAAAUAAUCAAAGAAAUAAUCAUUCCAUUGAACGAAAUAGCAAGUCCAGAUGUGUUAUCAACUUUAUACUAUACUUUGGAUAAUUUCGCAGAAUUUUGUUCGUUUACUUUAACAGAAGAAGAAAAGAGAUUGUUACUCGAAUCAAAAAAAUAUAUAAAAGAUAUGCAAGGUGAUUUCCAAUUGAGAAAUGCCACUUUGAAAGCGAGUAUAGUUCAUAUCGAAUCACCAGUUUCAUUAUUGCUUGCCCAUAUUUUCAACGUAAUUGAAUCGAUACAAAAUGAAUCCCAGAAGAAACCAGAUACUACAGCUGCAAUGGAACAAAAAAUAAUCGAAGAGCAAGUACCAACUACAGAAAUACAAGAUAUGUCAUUAAAAACCAAUAUAAAUCUAGAAACAGAUGAAAAUACUACAAUAGAAGCAGUAGAUGAACCAAACCUCAAGGUACAUCUAAAUACAAACAUAUCAGAUAUAAAUGAACCUGAAGAGAAAAUAUCUAGCUCAGAAAUACAAUUAUCCAAUAAGCAAGAUACUGCACAAAUACAUAUUGUAGAUGACUUCAAACUACUACAAGAUACGAAUAUAGAAACACCAGCACCUGUGAAAACAGUGUCAUCUUUAGUAACAACUGAAGCAGAACCUCAAAUACCACAACAAGAUUCUGAAACCAAAUCUAUAUUAUCCAGUGUAGAAAUACAUAAAACCGAUGGAAUGGAGAUUGUAACGUUACAACAAAUUGCAAACAUAGAGCAAGAGAAAGACACUGCUUCAAAAAUACUUGUUGCAAUUGAAUCAGAAUCUCAAAUAUCACAAGCUGAACAUGUGAAAGAUAACGAAAUGGGAGAUGAAGCAGACAAUAGUGCAGAUGCUCUCAUUGUAGAUGAAUCACACUCUAGAGAGAGAAAUAUACAAGAGAUCAAUGAACCUAUAGAAGCAGUGACUACAUCGAAAAUACUUACGGCUACUGAGCUAUCACAAGUGGCAAAUGUGGAACAAGAAGAUACAGCACUAUGUUCAGAUAGUCUUAAUUCAAAUGCAUCAGAAAUAAAAGUUGAUCAAGAACGUUCUAAUGAACAAAAUAUAAAUGCUCCAACGGAAACACUCUCCACUUCAGCAAAACUCAAUGCUCCUGAAUCAGAAUCUGAAUUACUUCAAAUUGUAAAUGUACCACAAGAAGAUACUACAACAAGAAAUGAAAUAUCAUCUACAAAACUACUAGUUGCAGAAGAAUUGGAGCCUAAAAUAGAACAAGCUAAUAACCUACAACAGGAAAAAACUACACCUAUUGAUGAUGCCCGUAUAGCAGAUACUUUAGAGUCUGAGGUACUCCAAAAAAUUAAUAAUAUACAACAAGAGGUUACUGAAGUUACGGAGACAGAAUGCUUUUCAACCGAAUCUGAAAUUCCAUUACCACAAAAACCAGAUAUGGAGCAAGAAAUUAAUGCAACAGGAGUUGCAGCAUCUCCUGUGCAUAGUGAACAUGAAUCAGAACCAAUUGUACAAAAUAAAGAAACAGUUGCUCUAACUGAAAAUGUACCAGGGCUUGAAGUACCACAGGAAACUGCAAUUGUCCAACAAAAUGUUACUGCAUCGUUGAAAGAGACUAUUUCAGAAGUACUCAAUGCAGCUUCAUUAGAAACAGAGCAAACUGUUAAUUUACAACGGGAAAAGAUAGCAACUACUGAUUAUGAUCGUACUGCAGAUGAAUCUGAAAUAUUACAGGAGAUCGUAAAUGUCCAACAAGAGUCUCCACAGGAAACAGUUAAUAUUUCAGAAAUAACUAUUGCAACUAAAUCAGAGUCUGAAUUACCACAAGUUGAAGGUGUAGAACAUGAAGUUACUACAACUGCAGAUAAAGUUUCUUCCACAAAAAUAUUUGUUGCUAAUGAAACAGCACUUAAAGUGGAAAAAGCUGCAAAUGGCCAACUCGAUGAAAUAACAUCUACUGAAAAUGUUUUAACUGUAGAUAAUCAGGAUUCUACUAACUUAUUGCAGAUAAUGAUGACUUCAGACAUACCUAUAGCAACUGAAUCACAAUCUGACGUAUCACAAGUUGAAAAUGUACAACCAAAAGAUACUGCGACAGCAAAGGCAAUUGUUCCCAAAGAAAUACUUGUUGUAGAUGAAUCAGAGUCCAAAAUAGAACAAGCUGUAGUUCUACAACAAACAGAGAUAAAACCUAGAGACAAUGCUCUUCUUCCAAAUGAAUCAGAAUCUAGAGAUCUACAGACAAUUACAAAUAUGCAAGAAGAUACUACAACCCCUGUAGAGUCUAUUUCAGCAAUAGUUAUUGCAACUGAAUCUGAACUACCACAAAGCGAAAAUGUACUUAUAGAAAAAACUGCAGUAACACACAUAAUUUCUUCCAAUACAUUUGUUGCAAAUGAAUCUGCACCUGAAGCAGAACAAGUUGUUAUUCUUCAACCAACUGUGGUAAUACCCACCGAUGAUGGAUCAUAUCCCGAAGUACCACAGCAAACUAUAAAUAUCCAACAAGAUGCUACUGUACCAAUAGAGGUAGUAAGUACCGCAAAAAAACUCAUUACAGCUUCAUCAGAGCAAGAGACCCGGAAAAUAGAGGAAGCCUCUUCUGCAGAGUUACUUGCUGAAAAUGAAUCAGAAGAUAUUGGCCCACAACAACUGAAAAUAACAGAUGCUGGUGAUGAUUUUAUUAAAGUCGAAUCAGAACCUGAAGAACUACAGAUAAUCACAAAAUACCAACAAGACACUUAUGCACAGAUGGAGAUAGUGAGUCCAGAAAUACUUCAAACAAAUGAAUGUAUAUUACCACAAGAAAAAAAUAUACUUGGAGAAAAUGUCAACAAAGAAACAGUUUCUACAGAAAUACUUGUUGCAAAUGAAUCAGAACCCAAAAUGGAACAUGCUGUUAUUCUGCAACAAAAAGAGGCAGCACCUAUUAACGACGUUUCUAUUGAAGAUAGAUUAGACCUACAGCAUACUACAAAUAUCCAACAAAAUGUUACUGCGCCGAUGGAGGUAGUUACUAGUCCAGAAAUAUAUACAACAACUGACCUUGUAUUACCAGAAACCGGAAAUGUACUAGAAGGAGACACUAUAAAAGUAGAAACAGUAAGUUCAGAAAUGCUUGUGGCAAGUGAAUCCGAACCCCAAAAGAAACAUACUGUUAUUCUGCCACAAAAUGAUGCAGUGUCUACCGAUGACGUUUCUAUUGUGAAUAGAUUGAAUUCUGACGUACUGCUGCAAACUACAAAUCUACAACAAGAUGACACUGCAUCAACGGAGGUAAUAGCUACAACAGCAAUAAUUGAAACAACUGAAUCUGUAUUACCACAAGAUAAAAAUAUACUGAAAGAGGAUACUGUAACAAUAGAGACAGCAUCUUCAGUAAUUCAGGUUGCAGAUGAAUCAGAACCCAAAAUGGAACAUGCUGUUAUUCUGCAACAGAAUGAGACAGCAGUGGCCGCGUCAGAAUUGCUCACUGCAGCUUCAUCAGAAUGUGAAAUAUUACAAUUACAACAAGAAGAUACUUCACAAACAAAGGCCUUGUCUUCUUCAGAAAUACUUGUUGCAGAUGAAUUUAAACCUAAAAUAGAACAGAUUGUGAGUAUGCAGCAAGAAGAGUCAGUACCAACUGACGACAUUCUUAUUGUAGAUGAUUCAGAACCUGUACGAAUGGAAUCUCACAAGACGCAAGAAAUAUCACAUACAGUGGGUAUUCAUGAAGAUACCGGACUGAUUAUAGCAAAUUCACAAGAAGAGUUUACUAUACCUGUAGAAGCAGUUUCUAUUUUAGAGCCCAAUAUACCACAAGAUGCGAAUAUAGAACAGACUUUAAAUAUAGAAAGUACUUCCGAAGUAUUAUUGACCGAUAAACCAGAACUAUUUAUUACAGAUAAAUUAAGCGCCGAUCCAUUACAACAACCCGAAUCAGUACAUCCCACAAUUACUGAAAAUAAAAUAGAAGGACUACAAGAUGAAGUCAACAUACAAAAAUUAGAGGAUAAUUGUGUGGCUGGUACAGACAGUACUAACUUGCUGGAUUCUCCGCAAUUAGAUGUUGCUCCCAACGUUAAUUUAGUUUUGCAUUCGUUGAGUAAUCUUAACAACAUACUGUUAGAACUCGAAGCCCAAUCUGUCCCAGAAUUGAAGAAGAUGGCUAUAAACGAUCUUCAAAAAUCGGUCAAAGCACUUAAAGAAACCAUCAAGUUGUCUGUAACCCGAACGGAAGUGGAAAAAACGGCUUUCGAAGAAGCUAACAAUACUUUAAACGUUUUGAAUAACUACAUAAUAUCAAAUCAGAAAAAUGAAACUUGUACAGAACCUUUGUCACCCGAAAACGUAAAAUCCGCAAUAGAAGUUUUGAGAUUGGCCGUGGUUGUUAUACCUGCAAGCUCAGAUUUGAAAACAACAAUGGAACAUUUAGAAGAAACUGUGAAAAAUGUUAUAAACCUUGUUGAAAAUAUUCCCCUGAGAACAGAAGAACAACUGAAAAUACUUUGCUCCCUUGAAAGAUUGAAAGAUGUAUUAGAAAUACGGAAAACGGAAUCCAAUGAGGAGAGUGUUUCUUUAAUAGGGAAAACUGAAAAUCUGUUGAAUUCAAGUGAAAUGUGUAUUAGUAAUUUGGUGCUGGUACAUGAGACGGAAAAGCAUAUUCUUGUUAUUAUCAAUGAGUGUUUAAAUAAGUUUAUCGAGCUAUUGGAAUAUGAAAAUAGAUAUGAUCAGCCGGUUAGUGAGGAUAUUCUGAAUGCUGCGAAAGAAAUAAUACAGCAAUUGAAUGAUCAAAUAAAAAAUGCAUCAAAAGAUGACGAAGUUACAGUUUUCGCUACAAAAAUUACAUAUAUUGGAGAAAACAUUUUCAAACUGAGCUAUUCAAAUAAAAUAGUUGUUUGCAAGCCUUUGGGUGAAUUCCAAGAAUCUGUACAAAAAUUACAAGAUUUAGUGAUUUUGGCAGAAAUGGGAAAAGAUUAUUACAAACAGUUUUUCUCUGAAUUACGACGUCCUUUAUCUACCCUUAAUUUCAUAGGUGUUACUAUUUUAGAAGACAAAAAAUUAAAUUUAUCGCCAGUGGAUAUUCAACUCUUAGUAAUGGCAAAUCAUUUAAUAGAUGAUCUUAUCAAAAUAAUUGAGGACGUUGACUUCCCAGUUACUUAUGAACAAAGUAAAACAUUGCAAAGAUAUUCAGACAAACUUAGAACAUUUUCCGAUAGUAUAAAUCAAGAUUCUCAAUUGAAAGAUUUUUCAGAUCCACUGAAUGAUAUUCUGAGGUGCUUCGAAAAGUUAAUAAAUAAAAUUAAUACAACUAACAGAGAAAUCAAAGAUAAAAUUGCUAAUUCCAGAUAUCGGUUAAAGCAAGUUAUAUCUAAGAUAAGUACAUUAAUAAGCAAUGAAAUUCCUACAAAUUUGAAGUCACUUUUAUUUGAAAAAUUAUAUGAUCCUUUAGAAACUUUCCAACAGUCAAUUGAAGAUACUUCUAUUGACAAUAUGUCAUUGAAUGAAACAAAAAUUAUAAUUUCUGUAGCCGAUAGCGUCACAUCGCUUUUUGAAAAUAUUAAUGAGGAUUUUAUAGAAGACAUCAAACAUUUUGAACAUGAAAUUGUUGCUCUAAAAAGUCAAGACUACGAACACGAUGCAAUCGGUCAGUUUAAAGCGAAACUAAAUAAUUUAUUGGAUACAAUUGACGUCGCAUAUCUAUUAAUCCACACCUCAGAUACUUCUGGCUCAAUUCAAGGUAUGAAUUCAUGCUUAACUCAGCUCCUCCAAUUCAUAGUUAAAGCCAAGUACAUAGGUAUAGGAAAUAUAACUUUAUUUUCGAUUCUUGAAAAACCUACAGAAAAUUUGAAAAUCGAGUUGAGUAAAUGUAAACAUAUCGAUCCGUCAUUGGAAGAAAUUGAUAUUUUACAAACGCUGGAAAAUUGUUUUAAGCAACUUUAUACCAAAGAUAUCGAAAACACUCAAAUAUAUGAUUAUUGCGAUGAAUUUCAAAGCUUACAAAACAAAUUGAUAAGUUUUUUCAUGCGAGCAGUUCUAAUCACGAACAGCGACCAUGAAAACAAAUUGUUACAAAGCAUUUUUCAUCCAUUAGAGCAGAUCUGUAAAGCAAUAAUAAAAAUCCAGAAUGAAUUAUCAAUAAUUAAAAGUAUCAAUAAAACAAAAAAUAAUAUUAGAGAUAAGUCAAUAAUUUUAGGUGAAUACGUAGCUAAAAAACACUCUGAUGAAGACAUAGCUGCUUUAACACAUUUAAAAUUACCACUGCUAGAUUUACACCAUGCGCUCGAUACAAAUGUACAAUUAACAAAUUAUUCAGAAUUUUUUGAAAUUAUUGAACCUCACAUUUACAAAAUACAUAAAACCUUAUUGGAUAUUGAUAAAAUUUUGAAAGAAUCUACUAUCAAAAGUGUCCUGCUAGAAUUGAACAAUACAUUAAAACAAAUAUUAGCUGUACCGAAAACAGAAAUAACCGUUAUUCAUAUUUCAUCAUUCGAAAAUUCUCUUAAAUGUUUGACUGAGUCAUUAGUAGAAGUUUCAGAUGACAAACUAACUAUUACUGAUAACAUUAACAAAGUACAAGAAGAAUUAUUACAAUUACAAAGUGAUAUAAUUGAACAACGAGUACAACCGAGUCAACUUUUAAUUCCCAUCCUCAAUUUGUACGAACCUUUGCAACAUUUAGAAAAAAUCAGUGAAAUAUUAGAGGAAUUAUCCAUGGAUUCACAAGAGCUUCAGUGUGUGUCAACAAUUGAACUUAUUUUGGAAAAAUUGAACACUGUAAUCGUAACAUCAAAAGCACCUUUAACGAAACCUAUGUUAGAAAAUUUAUGCUCUGUGAAGAUAAAAGGAGGAGAAGUACUAGCAGCACUAAAUAGCAGUCCACAAUCUUGCAUUAGAACUCUGCUACAAGCUCCUUUGGUUGCUAUUUCUAGUUUAACUGAAAAUAUAGAACAAUUAUUAAUAGCAAAGCAUGGUCCACUAGAAAAUAAUUUGGAAACCGUUAAAAUACUUAAACAAAAAUUAACAAAUAUUGCUUCUGAAACUGACAGUCACAUCUCUACAAUAGCUUCAGCUUUGAAAUUACCCAUAGAAUUUUUAUACGACAGUAUUGACCAGCUUUUAAAAAUUGACUGUGACCCUGCAGAACAAACAAAACAUCCAUUAUUAACAGAACAAAAUAAGAUACUUUUAGAGUUGGCAUCUACAUUUGACGCUAUAGAUCGAGAUACAAAUUUAGUUCAUAGUUUGAUACAACUACAGGAAAACUCUAAGAUAAUUGCAGAGGUAUUUCAAAAAGAACAAGUCUUAGAAUGCUUAUGCGAACCUAAUAAACUUCUAACCAUAACAAUUCUGAAUCUGCUGCAAAACAUUAGUUUUUCUAAUGAACCAAUUUAUCUCCAUGAAUUGUUAAGCGCAACCAAAUCAUUUAUAAGUGAACUGAAAAUUUUGAAAGCACAUUUACAGAACAAAAACGACGAUAACUUCAAAAUUUUGAUACUAUUGACUGAAUUAAUCGAUCCUUCAUUAGAUCUGUCGACACAAAUUGGAAUAGUGGAGCAACAACAAGGAAUCUGUCCUAUAUUCCAACAUGAUUUAGAAGAAAUUGCUAAUAUCUUACAAAAACUUCGGAGUUCAAUUAAAUCAACAAAUGAAAAAAUAAGUGUAUCUGAAGAGACAACAGAAGAUAUUCUAGAAAUGAAAGUACAUAUAAGAGGGCUUUCCAUUACAUUGGAGAAAGUUUUGAAAAUAGAAUCAGAUUUUAUUCCAAUUUUUAAAACAAUACAUACUCAGCUUCAACUUAUUCAAGAUGAAAUCCGAAGUAAUGAUAAACGUAUUUCAAAAUAUGAUGAAACUGAUGCUGAUAAAAUUUUCAGAAGAAUAUUGCCAUCACUAAGGGGACUUUUGAACCAACUGGUGAUUAUACGAAGAAACUCAGAAUUAUCCGAAAUAUCCAAAUUGAAAAUAUAUUAUCUGGUGGACGCAAUAGGAUGUUUGAAAAACUUAGUUGAAUCAAUCGAGAAUAGCGAAGAAAUUACGUUUAAAUACGAAGGAGAAGUACAUCAUGAGAUGAUUGAUGAAUCAAAAGAGUUAAUUAGAAAAUUGAAGAAACUUGCCGCUAUAGCGGAAGAAUUGAUUGAGGAUACAUCUAAUUUAACAAUCAAGGAGAGAGAGAUAAUUAGUGUGCUUAUAUCUACGAAACAAACAAUGGAUCAAUUGCUAUCUCAUUUAUAUACUAUACCAAUAAUUGAAUAUCCACUGAGAAGACUUGCCAUAAAAUUGGAAGAGAUCGCUGAGAAAAUAUCGGAAAAGCAAGGAAACGGGGAAUUUGUGAGAGCUAUAUUGGAACCAAUGAGGUCACUAGCACUAGAAGUUACAACAUUAAGAGGAACAAUAGAGAAAGUCAGAAAUCCAGAAAAAGGUAUUCUCGCUCUGGCAGAUGCUGCGACUUGCUUGAACGAAUUUAUUGAGUCCCUCGAAUUGACAGACAAUUCAGCAGACUCUACUCUCGUUUAUAUAUCAGAGGAAUUCCUAGAAAAAGCCGUCGAAUUUAAGGAAAACCUGGACAAACUAACUAUAGAAGUGGUGAAGAUUAAUGAGAAUUUGGAGAAACCUGGAUCAAUCGAAGCUCAGAAACCAGAGCUUCAACACGCUAUUCUCUCUGUUAAACACCAAAUCGAUAAUUUGCAACAAUCGUUACCUGAAGUACAGAAAUUGCAACUCUCCGAAUUGCCUUUGAAAGCAGUCAAUGGAAAGCUUGAAGAAAUUAUCGAAUGUCUAUCACAAAUUCCUAAAGAAAGGAAAGACACCAGAUUUGUGAAAGAGAUAUUGCAGCCCAUACAGAAUCUUGCAUUACAAGUUGAAACAUUAAAAGCGAAGACAGAGGUAGUCAAAAAUCCAGAAAAAGGUAUUCUCGCUCUGGCAGAUGCUGCCACCUGUAUAACUGAAUUUGUUGAGUCCCUUGAAUUGACUGACAAAUCAGCAGACUCUACUGUCGAUGAUAUUUCAGAGGAACUCUUAGAUAAAGCCGUCGAAUUUAAGAAACACCUGGACAAACUAACUAUAGAAGUGGUGAAGAUUAAUGAGAAUUUGGAGAAACCUGGAUCAUUCGAAGCUCAGAAACCAGAACUUCAAAACGCUAUACUCUCUGUUAAACACCAAAUAGAUAAUUUGCAACAAUCGUUACCUGAAGUACAGAAAUUGCAACACUCCGAAUUGCCUUUGAAAGCAGUCAAUGGAAAGCUUGAAGAAAUUAUCGAAAGUCUGUCGGAAAUUCCGGCAAAAAGGAAAGACACCAGAUUUGUGAAAGAGAUAUUGCAGCCCAUACAGAAUCUUGCAUUACAAGUUGAAACAUUAAAAGCGAAGACAGAGGUAGUCAAAAAUCCAGAAAAAGGUAUUCUCGCUCUGGCAGAUGCUGCCACCUGUAUGAAUGAAUUUGUUGAGUCCCUUGAAUUGACUGACAAAUCAGCAGACUCUACUGUCGAAGAUAUUUCAGAGGAACUCUUAGAUAAAGCCGUCGAAUUUAAGAAACACCUGGACAAACUAACUAUAGAAGUGGUGAAGAUUAAUGAGAAUUUGGAGAAACCUGGAUCAUUUGAAGCUCAAAAACCAGAACUUCAACACGCUAUUUACUCUGUUAAACACCAAAUCGAUAAUUUGCAACAAUCGUUACCUGAAGUACAAAAAUUGCAACUCUCCGAAUUGCCUUUGAAAGCAGUCAAUGGAAAGCUUGAAGAAAUUAUCGAAUGUCUAUCACAAAUUCCUAAAGAAAGGAAAGACACCAGAUUUGUGGAAGAGAUAUUGCAGCCAAUACAGAAUCUUGCAUUACAAGUUGAAACAUUAAAAGCGAAGACAGAGGUAGUCAAAAAUCCAGAAAAAGGUAUUCUCGCUCUGGCAGAUGCUGCCACCUGUAUGAAUGAAUUUGUUGAGUCCCUUGAAUUGACUGAAAAAUCAGCAGACUCUACUGUCGAUGAUAUUUCAGAGGAACUCUUAGAUAAAACCGUCAAAUUUAAGGAAAACCUGGACAAACUAACUAUAGAAGUGGUGAAGAUUAAUGAGAAUUUGGAGAAACCUGGAUCAUUCGAAGCUCAGAAACCAGAGCUUCAAAACGCUAUACUCUCUGUUAAACACCAAAUGGAUAAUUUGCAACAAUCUUUACCUGAAGUACAGAAAUUGCAACACUCCGAAUUGCCUUUGAAAGCAGUCAAAGGAAAGCUUGAAGAAAUUAUCGAAAGUCUGUCGGAAAUUCCGGCAAAAAGGAAAGACACCAGAUUUGUGAAAGAGAUAUUGCAGCCCAUACAGAAUCUUGCAUUAGAAAUCACAACAUUAAAAGCGAAAACAGAGGUAGUCGAAAAUCCAGAAAAAGGUAUUCUCGCUCUGGCAGAUGCUGCCACCUGUAUGAAUGAAUUUGUUGAGUCCCUUGAAUUGACUGACAAAUCAGCAGACUCUACUGUCGAUGAUAUUUCAGAGGAACUCUUAGAUAAAGCCGUCGAAUUUAAGAAACACCUGGACAAACUAACUAUAGAAGUGGUGAAGAUUAAUGAGAAUUUGGAGAAACCUGGAUCAUUUGAAGCUCAAAAACCAGAACUUCAACACGCUAUUUACUCUGUUAAACACCAAAUCGAUAAUUUGCAACAAUCGUUACCUGAAGUACAAAAAUUGCAACUCUCCGAAUUGCCUUUGAAAGCAGUCAAUGGAAAGCUUGAAGAAAUUAUCGAAUGUCUAUCACAAAUUCCUAAAGAAAGGAAAGACACCAGAUUUGUGGAAGAGAUAUUGCAGCCAAUACAGAAUCUUGCAUUACAAGUUGAAACAUUAAAAGCGAAGACAGAGGUAGUCAAAAAUCCAGAAAAAGGUAUUCUCGCUCUGGCAGAUGCUGCCACCUGUAUGAAUGAAUUUGUUGAGUCCCUUGAAUUGACUGACAAAUCAGCAGACUCUACUGUCGAUGAUAUUUCAGAGGAACUCUUAGAUAAAGCCGUCGAAUUUAAGAAACACCUGGACAAACUAACUAUAGAAGUGGUGAAGAUUAAUGAGAAUUUGGAGAAACCUGGAUCAUUUGAAGCUCAAAAACCAGAACUUCAACACGCUAUUCUCUCUGUUAAACACCAAAUCGAUAAUUUGCAACAAUCGUUACCUGAAGUACAGAAAUUGCAACUCUCCGAAUUGCCUUUGAAAGCAGUCAAUGGAAAGCUUGAAGAAAUUAUCGAAUGUCUAUCACAAAUUCCUAAAGAAAGGAAAGACACCAGAUUUGUGGAAGAGAUAUUGCAGCCAAUACAGAAUCUUGCAUUACAAGUUGAAAUAUUAAAAGCGAAGACAGAGGUAGUCAAAAAUCCAGAAAAAGGUAUUCUCGCUCUGGCAGAUGCUGCCACCUGUAUGAAUGAAUUUGUUGAGUCCCUUGAAUUGACUGACAAAUCAGCAGACUCUACUGUCGAUGAUAUUUCAGAGGAACUCUUAGAUAAAGCCGUCGAAUUUAAGAAACACCUGGACAAACUAACUAUAGAAGUGGUGAAGAUUAAUGAGAAUUUGGAGAAACCUGGAUCAUUUGAAGCUCAAAAACCAGAACUUCAACACGCUAUUUACUCUGUUAAACACCAAAUCGAUAAUUUGCAGCAAUCGUUACCUGAAGUACAAAAAUUGCAACUCUCCGAAUUGCCUUUGAAAGCAGUCAAUGGAAAGCUUGAAGAAAUUAUCGAAUGUCUAUCACAAAUUCCUAAAGAAAGGAAAGACACCAGAUUUGUGGAAGAGAUAUUGCAGCCAAUACAGAAUCUUGCAUUACAAGUUGAAACAUUAAAAGCGAAGACAGAGGUAAUCAAAAAUCCAGAAAAAGGUAUUCUCGCUCUGGCAGAUGCUGCCACCUGUAUGAAUGAAUUUGUUGAGUCCCUUGAAUUGACUGAAAAAUCAGCAGACUCUACUGUCGAUGAUAUUUCAGAGGAACUCUUAGAUAAAACCGUCAAAUUUAAGGAAAACCUGGACAAACUAACUAUAGAAGUGGUGAAGAUUAAUGAGAAUUUGGAGAAACCUGGAUCAUUCGAAGCUCAGAAACCAGAGCUUCAAAACGCUAUACUCUCUGUUAAACACCAAAUGGAUAAUUUGCAACAAUCUUUACCUGAAGUACAGAAAUUGCAACACUCCGAAUUGCCUUUGAAAGCAGUCAAUGGAAAGCUUGAAGAAAUUAUCGAAAGUCUGUCGGAAAUUCCGGCAAAAAGGAAAGACACCAGAUUUGUGAAAGAGAUAUUGCAGCCCAUACAGAAUCUUGCAUUAGAAAUCAAAACAUUAAAAGCGAAAACAGAGGUAGCCGAAAAUCCAGAAAAAGGUAUUCUCGCUCUGGCAGAUGCUGCCACCUGUAUGAAUGAAUUUGUUGAGUCCCUUGAAUUGACUGACAAAUCAGCAGACUCUACUGUCGAUGAUAUUUCAGAGGAACUCUUAGAUAAAGCCGUCGAAUUUAAGAAACACCUGGACAAACUAACUAUAGAAGUGGUGAAGAUUAAUGAGAAUUUGGAGAAACCUGGAUCAUUUGAAGCUCAAAAACCAGAACUUCAACACGCUAUUUACUCUGUUAAACACCAAAUCGAUAAUUUGCAACAAUCGUUACCUGAAGUACAAAAAUUGCAACUCUCCGAAUUGCCUUUGAAAGCAGUCAAUGGAAAGCUUGAAGAAAUUAUCGAAUGUCUAUCACAAAUUCCUAAAGAAAGGAAAGACACCAGAUUUGUGAAAGAGAUAUUGCAGCCCAUACAGAAUCUUGCAUUAGAAAUCACAACAUUAAAAGCGAAAACAGAGGUAGCCGAAAAUCCAGAAAAAGGUAUUCUCGCUCUGGCAGAUGCUGCCACCUGUAUGAAUGAAUUUGUUGAGUCCCUUGAAUUGACUGACAAAUCAGCAGACUCUACUGUCGAUGAUAUUUCAGAGGAACUCUUAGAUAAAGCCGUCGAAUUUAAGAAACACCUGGACAAACUAACUAUAGAAGUGGUGAAGAUUAAUGAGAAUUUGGAGAAACCUGGAUCAUUUGAAGCUCAAAAACCAGAACUUCAACACGCUAUUCUCUCUGUUAAACACCAAAUCGAUAAUUUGCAACAAUCGUUACCUGAAGUACAGAAAUUGCAACUCUCCGAAUUGCCUUUGAAAGCAGUCAAUGGAAAGCUUGAAGAAAUUAUCGAAUGUCUAUCACAAAUUCCUAAAGAAAGGAAAGACACCAGAUUUGUGAAAGAGAUAUUGCAGCCCAUACAGAAUCUUGCAUUACAAGUUGAAACAUUAAAAGCGAAGACAGAGGUAGUCCAAAAACCAGAAAAAGGUAUUCUCGCUCUGGCAGAUGCUGCCACCUGUAUGAAUGAAUUUGUUGAGUCCCUUGUAUUGACUGAAAAAUCAGCAGACUCUACUGUCGAUGAUAUUUCAGAGGAACUCUUAGAUAAAACCGUCAAAUUUAAGGAAAACCUGGACAAACUAACUAUAGAAGUGGUGAAGAUUAAUGAGAAUUUGGAGAAACCUGGAUCAUUCGAAGCUCAGAAACCAGAACUUCAAAACGCUAUACUCUCUGUUAAACACCAAAUCGAUAAUUUGCAACAAUCGUUACCUGGAGUACAGAAAUUGCAACACUCCGAAUUGCCUUUGAAAGCAGUCAAUGGAAAGCUUGAAGAAAUUAUCGAAAGUCUAUCACAAAUUCCUAAAGAAAGGAAAGACACCAGAUUUGUGAAAGAGAUAUUGCAGCCCAUACAGAAUCUUGCAUUACAAGUUGAAACAUUAAAAGCGAAGACAGAGGUAGUCAAAAAUCCAGAAAAAGGUAUUCUCGCUCUGGCAGAUGCUGCCACCUGUAUAACUGAAUUUGUUGAGUCCCUUGAAUUGACUGACAAAUCAGCAGACUCUACUGUCGAUGAUAUUUCAGAGGAACUCUUAGAUAAAGCCGUCGAAUUUAAGAAACACCUGGACAAACUAACUAUAGAAUUGGUGAAGAUUAAUGAGAAUUUGGAGAAACCUGGAUCAUUUGAAGCUCAAAAACCAAAACUUCAACACGCUAUUUUCUCUGUUAAACACCAAAUCGAUAAUUUGCAACAAUCGUUACCUGAAGUACAAAAAUUGCAACUCUCCGAAUUGCCUUUGAAAGCAGUCAAUGGAAAGCUUGAAGAAAUUAUCGAAAAUCUGUCGGAAAUUCCGGCAAAAAGGAAAGACACCAGAUUUGUGAAAGAGAUAUUGCAGCCCAUACAGAAUCUUGCAUUAGAAAUCACAACAUUAAAAGCGAAAACAGAGGUAGUCAAAAAUCCAGAAAAAGGUAUUCUCGCUCUGGCAGAUGCUGCCACCUGUAUGAAUGAAUUUGUUGAGUCCCUUGAAUUGACUGACAAAUCAGCAGACUCUACUGUCGAUGAUAUUUCAGAGGAACUCUUAGAUAAAGCCGUCGAAUUUAAGAAACACCUGGACAAACUAACUAUAGAAGUGGUGAAGAUUAAUGAGAAUUUGGAGAAACCUGGAUCAUUUGAAGCUCAAAAACCAGAACUUCAACACGCUAUUUACUCUGUUAAACACCAAAUCGAUAAUUUGCAACAAUCGUUACCUGAAGUACAAAAAUUGCAACUCUCCGAAUUGCCUUUGAAAGCAGUCAAUGGAAAGCUUGAAGAAAUUAUCGAAUGUCUAUCACAAAUUCCUAAAGAAAGGAAAGACACCAGAUUUGUGGAAGAGAUAUUGCAGCCAAUACAGAAUCUUGCAUUACAAGUUGAAACAUUAAAAGCGAAGACAGAGGUAGUCAAAAAUCCAGAAAAAGGUAUUCUCGCUCUGGCAGAUGCUGCCACCUGUAUGAAUGAAUUUGUUGAGUCCCUUGAAUUGACUGACAAAUCAGCAGACUCUACUGUCGAUGAUAUUUCAGAGGAACUCUUAGAUAAAGCCGUCGAAUUUAAGAAACACCUGGACAAACUAACUAUAGAAGUGGUGAAGAUUAAUGAGAAUUUGGAGAAACCUGGAUCAUUUGAAGCUCAAAAACCAGAACUUCAACACGCUAUUCUCUCUGUUAAACACCAAAUCGAUAAUUUGCAACAAUCGUUACCUGAAGUACAGAAAUUGCAACUCUCCGAAUUGCCUUUGAAAGCAGUCAAUGGAAAGCUUGAAGAAAUUAUCGAAUGUCUAUCACAAAUUCCUAAAGAAAGGAAAGACACCAGAUUUGUGAAAGAGAUAUUGCAGCCCAUACAGAAUCUUGCAUUACAAGUUGAAACAUUAAAAGCGAAGACAGAGGUAGUCCAAAAACCAGAAAAAGGUAUUCUCGCUCUGGCAGAUGCUGCCACCUGUAUGAAUGAAUUUGUUGAGUCCCUUGAAUUGACUGAAAAAUCAGCAGACUCUACUGUCGAUGAUAUUUCAGAGGAACUCUUAGAUAAAGCCGUCGAAUUUAAGAAACACCUGGACAAACUAACUAUAGAAGUGGUGAAGAUUAAUGAGAAUUUGGAGAAACCUGGAUCAUUCGAAGCUCAGAAACCAGAACUUCAAAACGCUAUACUCUCUGUUAAACACCAAAUCGAUAAUUUGCAACAAUCGUUACCUGGAGUACAGAAAUUGCAACACUCCGAAUUGCCUUUGAAAGCAGUCAAUGGAAAGCUUGAAGAAAUUAUCGAAAGUCUGUCGGAAAUUUCGGCAAAAAGGAAAGACACCAGAUUUGUGAAAGAGAUAUUGCAGCCCAUACAGAAUCUUGCAUUAGAAAUCACAACAUUAAAAGCGAAAACAGAGGUAGUCAAAAAUCCAGAAAAAGGUAUUCUCGCUCUGGCAGAUGCUGCCACCUGUAUAACUGAAUUUGUUGAGUCCCUUGAAUUGACUGACAAAUCAGCAGACUCUACUGUCGAUGAUAUUUCAGAGGAACUCUUAGAUAAAGCCGUCGAAUUUAAGAAACACCUGGACAAACUAACUAAAGAAGUGGUGAAGAUUAAUGAGAAUUUGGAGAAACCUGAAUCAUUUGAAGCUCAAAAACCAGAACUUCAACACGCUAUUUUCUCUGUUAAACACCAAAUCGAUAAUUUGCAACAAUCGUUACCUGAAGUACAGAAAUUGCAACUCUCCGAAUUGCCUUUGAAAGCAGUCAAUAGAAAGCUUGAAGAAAUUAUCGAAAGUCUAUCACAAAUUCCUAAAGAAAGGAAAGACACCAGAUUUGUGAAAGAGAUAUUGCAGCCCAUACAGAAUCUUGCAUUACAAGUUGAAACAUUAAAAGCGAAAACAGAGGUAGUCAAAAAUCCAGAAAAAGGUAUUCUCGCUCUGGCAGAUGCUGCCACCUGUAUAACUGAAUUUGUUGAGUCCCUUGAAUUGACUGACAAAUCAGCAGACUCUACUGUCGAUGAUAUUUCAGAGGAACUCUUAGAUAAAGCCGUCGAAUUUAAGAAACACCUGGACAAACUAACUAUAGAAGUGGUGAAGAUUAAUGAGAAUUUGGAGAAACCUGGAUCAUUUGAAGCUCAAAAACCAAAACUUCAACACGCUAUUUUCUCUGUUAAACACCAAAUCGAUAAUUUGCAACAAUCGUUACCUGAAGUACAAAAAUUGCAACUCUCCGAAUUGCCUUUGAAAGCAGUCAAUGGAAAGCUUGAAGAAAUUAUCGAAUGUCUAUCACAAAUUCCUAAAGAAAGGAAAGACACCAGAUUUGUGAAAGAGAUAUUGCAGCCCAUACAGAAUCUUGCAUUACAAGUUGAAACAUUAAAAGCGAAGACAGAGGUAGUCAAAAAUCCAGAAAAAGGUAUUCUCGCUCUGGCAGAUGCUGCCACCUGUAUGAAUGAAUUUGUUGAGUCCCUUGAAUUGACUGACAAAUCAGCAGACUCUACUGUCGAUGAUAUUUCAGAGGAACUCUUAGAUAAAGCCGUCGAAUUUAAGAAACACCUGGACAAACUAACUAUAGAAUUGGUGAAGAUUAAUGAGAAUUUGGAGAAACCUGGAUCAUUCGAAGCUCAGAAACCAGAACUUCAAAACGCUAUACUCUCUGUUAAACACCAAAUCGAUAAUUUGCAACAAUCGUUACCUGAAGCACAGAAAUUGCAACACUCCGAAUUGCCUUUGAAAGCAGUCAAUGGAAAGCUUGAAGAAAUUAUCGAAAGUCUGUCGGAAAUUCCGGCAAAAAGGAAAGACACCAGAUUUGUGAAAGAGAUAUUGCAGCCCAUACAGAAUCUUGCAUUAGAAAUCACAACAUUAAAAGCGAAAACAGAGGUAGUCAAAAAUCCAGAAAAAGGUAUUCUCGCUCUGGCAGAAGCUGCCACCUGUAUAGCUGAAUUUGUUGAGUCCCUUGAAUUGACUGAAAAAUCAGCAGACUCUACUGUCGAUGAUAUUUCAGAGGAACUCUUAGAUAAAGCCGUCGAAUUUAAGAAACACCUGGACAAACUAACUAAAGAAGUGGUGAAGAUUGAUGAGAAUUUGGAGAAACCUGGAUCAUUUGAAGCUCAAAAACCAGAACUUCAACACGCUAUUUUCUCUGUUAAACACCAAAUCGAUAAUUUGCAACAAUCGUUACCUGAAGUACAGAAAUUGCAACUCUCCGAAUUGCCUUUGAAAGCAGUCAAUGGAAAGCUUGAAGAAAUUAUCGAAUGUCUAUCACAAAUUCCUAAAGAAAGGAAAGACACCAGAUUUGUGAAAGAGAUAUUGCAGCCCAUACAGAAUCUUGCAUUACAAGUUGAAACAUUAAAAGCGAAGACAGAGGUAGUCAAAAAUCCAGAAAAAGGUAUUCUCGCUCUGGCAGAUGCUGCCACCUGUAUGAAUGAAUUUGUUGAGUCCCUUGAAUUUACUGACAAAUCAGCAGACUCUACUGUCGAUGAUAUUUCAGAGGAACUCUUAGAUAAAGCCGUCGAAUUCAAGAAACACCUGGACAAACUAACUAUAGAAUUGGUGAAGAUUAAUGAGAAUUUGGAGAAACCUGGAUCAUUCGAAGCUCAGAAACCAGAACUUCAAAACGCUAUACUCUCUGUUAAACACCAAAUGGAUAAUUUGCAACAAUCGUUACCUGAAGUACAGAAAUUGCAACACUCCGAAUUGCCUUUGAAAGCAGUCAAUAGAAAGCUUGAAGAAAUUAUCGAAAGUCUGUCGGAAAUUCCGGCAAAAAGGAAAGACACCAGAUUUGUGAAAGAGAUAUUGCAGCCCAUACAGAAUCUUGCAUUAGAAAUCACAACAUUAAAAGCGAAAACAGAGGUAGUCAAAAAUCCAGAAAAAGGUAUUCUCGCUCUGGCAGAUGCUGCCCCCUGUAUAAAUGAAUUUGUUGAGUCCCUUGAAUUGACUGACAAAUCAGCAGACUCUACUGUCGAUGAUAUUUCAGAGAAACUCUUAGAUAAAGCCGUCAAAUUUAAGGAAACCCUGGACAAACUUACUAUAGAAGUGGUGAAGAUUAAUCAGAAUUUGGAGAAACCUGGGUCAUUUGAGGCUCAGAAACCAGAACUUCAACACGCUAUUCUCUCUGUUAAACACCAAAUCGAUAAUUUGCAGCAAUCGUUACCUGAAGUACAUAAAUUGCAACUCUUCAAAUUGCCUUUGAAAGCAGUCAAUGGAAAGCUUGAAGAAAUUAUCGAAUGUCUAUCACAAAUUCCUAAAGAAAGGAAAGACACCAGAUUUGUGAAAGAGAUAUUGCAGCCAACACAAAAUCUUGCAUUAGAAAUCACAACAUUAAAAGCGAAAAUAGAGGUAGUCAAAAAUCCAGAAAAAUGUAUUCUCGCUCUUGCUGAUGCUGCCACGUGUAUUAACGAUUUUGUUGAUUUCCUUGAAAUGACUGACAAAUCAAUAGACUCUACUGUCGAUGAUAUUUCAGAGGAACUCCUAGAAAAAGCCGUCGAAUUUAAAAAAGGCUUGGACACAUUGACUAUACAAGUGGUUAAUAUUAAUGAAAAUUUGGAAAAACCUAAUUUUCUCGAGACUCAUAAAUCAGAGCUUAAUAACGCUAUUACAUCUGUUAAACACAAAAUCGAUAAUUUGCAACUGUCUUUACCCGAAAUACAAAAAUUGCAAAUGUCCAAAUUACUUUUAAUAGCACUGAGUGAAAAGUUAGGGCAAAUGCUUGCGAGUUUGUCAGAGAUACCAAGAGGGUCGAAUUACACUAAAUUAAUAAAAUUUUUACUGGAAACAGUACAGAAUUUUGCAUCAGAACUUACCUCAUUGAAAUCGAAAAUAAAGGUAGUUAAAAAUCGAGAAGUGGGAAUUCUUGCUCUUACCGAUGCGGCUGUCCCUAUAAAUGACUUACUUGGGAACCUCAAAACGACCGAUUUAUCAAUAGACUUCAAUUUAGAUGAUAUAUCAUUGGAUUUGCUGAAUAAAUCUUCAGAUUUGAAGGAAAAUUUCGAGAAUUUAACCUCGCAAGUGAUCAAGAUUAAGACAAAUUUGAAAAAACCCAAAAUUUUCGAAGCGCAGAAACUGGAUUUGAAAAACAUAAUUCAUUCGUCGAAACAAAGUAUUGAUCAAUACAUGCAAUUAUUGGGUGAAACUCCAUCACUUCAAAAGAUUAAAGUUAUUCUUAAAGCACUAAGUGUGCAGUUGGCAAUAAUCGAUGAGAAGUUAUCAGACAUUUCACAGGACAGAAAUGACAUCAAGUUCAUUCAAGAGAUAAUGCAGCCUGUACUGUAUCUUUCAAAAGAGAUUACCACAUUAAAAUCAACACUCGCCUCAUUAAUAAAUCCUGAUCCAAGUCUAUGUUGUUUAGCAGAUACUGCAGCCGAUAUGAACGACUUUGCAGAUUUUCUCAAAAUUUCUGAGAAUUAUAAAGAUUCCACAGUCACCGAUAUGUCACGUGAGUCUCUGACGAAAUCUGUAGAUAUAAAAAAUGCGCUUAAUAACUUCGCAACACUCUUGGUGAAGAUCUGUGAAAAUUUACAAGAGCCGUCGGUUAUUAACAUGCUAAAACCAGAGCUGAAAAACACAGUUUUGUCCGUUAAUUACCAAAUAGAUAUUAUUUUAGCUCAAAUAUUACCCAUAGCACACACAUUAGGUGCAUCAGAGGCACCUCUUAAAGCACUUAGAACUGAAUUUGAAAAAAUUGUAGAAAUACUAUCAGGAUCUACACCAGAUAGGAACGACAUGAAAUUUGUUGAAGAAAUUCUACCGACUUUACAAGAGUUCGCAAUUGAAAUGGCAAUAUUUGAAUCUAAGUCAGAUCUAAUUAGAGCUUCUUGUCCAGAUGUUUUUCUUAUAAGAGACAUCACCACACCUGUAAAUGAACUUGUGGAUAUACUCAAGAACCAAAAGGAUGUCUUGGAUAAAAAUUUACCCGAUAUAUCUACUGAUAUGUUAUCUAUAUCAGAAAGGGCAAAGACUGAUUUUGCUAAACUUAUUAACACUGUCGUGGAAAUAAAUCAAAACGCUCAUAAACCUGAAUGGAUUGUGGACAAAAAUCGAUUAACGAGCAAUAUGAUGUUGGUGAAGAAUGAAGUUGAUAUAAUUUUGAAUAACGUAUUGCCGAAAUCACAAAAUCUCUCAGUAGCUGAAAACGCAUUCAAGCCUCUCAGUAGUAAACUGGAAAAGAUUUUAGAAGACAUUUCUGAAUUUGAACGUGAUAAAAUCUUCAAAUCAGUUACAGAAAAUCUAGGGAAUUCUUUGAAAAGAACAAUACAUGUUUUAAAUGUUCUAGAUGGGAAGAUUCCUGGCAUUCCAUUUCUAUUUAGAUCUGCUCUUUCAGAACUAGUUUCAAUUUCUAAUACGGUUAACGUUUUAGAGAGUAAAUUCACACAUCAAUUACCAAAAGCAAUGCGAAACUCCAUAGUAAUUGAUCUGUUGACUAAUCUCACCGAAUCAUUCGAUAAAUUGAAUAAAUUUCUGGGUGACACCCAAAUUUCAAAUAUCACAUCUCAUGUUGAUGAAAUUUGUGAACAGACCAAGUUAUUGGUCGCUCAUUUUGGUGAUAUUACAGAUAAAUUAAAACCAUGUUUACCAUGUGAAAUAACUUCUCCCGUAGAGUUUGUAUGUGAGAAGAUUGAUCAUUUUUCGGAGAAAUUAUUUGAUAUUAAAACUGUUAUUGGUAAGCUUAAGACUAUGAAAGUGCCGCUUUGCAGAUUAUAUGACUUUUAUAAAGAAAUAUGUUUGGAUAAAUAUGUGAAGAACAAGGACAUUCAAAAUUUCAGUAGAAUACAUGAGGAUUUAUUUGGUAUUAUCGAAAUUAUUAAUAAUUUUGAGAUAGAUUCAAAUAAUAGACUAGUUUUGGAGACAAUCAUAAAUUAUUUACAAGAAUUUACUAAUAUGCUGGGUUCCUAUAAAACUGUCGAUGGUAAAUUCAUUCCACCCCCAAAUUAUGAGAAGGAAUUGCUGCAUAUCUUGGAAAAGUCAGUAGAAAAAAUCGAAAACAGUAUGAGUGAACUAAGCUUAAUUGAUUUGAAAAAUUAUGUAAGAAAAUUGUCUAUAGCAAUCAAUGACUAUUAUGAAAGUGUGAAAAAGACAUGCAAUAAAAGGCUAGAUAUUGAUACUAUCAAAAAAUUAAAAUUACCAAUAAGUCAGUUAUUAGAAGAGCUCAAUAUAAUGAAUAAAAAAUUAUCCAAAACUGUAAAUUAUAUAGAUAAUUUGAAACAUUUAAGAAAAACUGUAAAUAAAGUUAACGAAAGUAUACUCAAAAUAGAAAAAACAAGCUUACUGGAAAUACCAAACAUGGACGAAUCUUUAUUAUCUGCUCUAGAAGAUCUAGCACCUUAUCUAGAAGAUCUUCUCAUAGAAUUUGUCAAAUGUAAUUCUCAGCUCGAUAAACAUGUACAAAUAGAAUAUGGUAACUUAAAAACAGUAUUAACUGCGGUUAAUAACCGUAUCGACCAAAUAACAUCUAUUUUUUCUCUUCCAAAUAUUCUAAUUGAUUCUCUAAAGGAUUUAUCAGAAUGCGUGCUUGGAUUUGCAUUAAAAAUUGAUUUAGAAAUGGCUUCUGAUCGAAAACAUCAAUAUUUGGAACCAUUUUUAGUUGUUAAGAAGGAAGUGGAUAUAUUGAAAAAAGAUUUAAAACUUCUUCCACAUCCCUGUAAAGCCAUUUCACAAUUAGUGCUAGUAGAUAAACCGAUUAAUAAAAUAAUAGAAUAUUUACAAAAUACAGAAUUCAAACCGAAACUUGAAGAACAUUUACAAUCAAUGGAAAAAUUAAUAAACCGACCGUACAAACAACUUUCAAAUAUAGUUAGAAAUGUUAAUAUUAUAAUGACAGAUCAAGAUAUAUUGAAACUUGAAUUUCCAGUUAUAUCUGAAAGUUUAAAAAAUAUUUUAGAUGUAACAAGCUCACAGGAUGUUGAUGAUGUUAUUGAAAAGCUAGGACUUUAUAAUGAUUUUAAAAGCAUAAAUAAAAUUUUAGCAGAUGUUUUACAAGAAACUAUCACUAUGAGGCAAGACUAUAUGAGUUUACAUACUCUCAAUAAUUCACUUUGUAAAUUAGCAGAUGUAUUGCGUAAAAUUAAAGAAAGUUCUAAAAGUGAACUACUUCUAAUUAUUAGUGAAUUACUUGAACAUAUCGAGCAAUUUAGGUAUAACAUAUCUUUAGCGCAAGAUAUAGGAAGUAAUACCAAAGAUUUUUCUAAAGAAUAUACCGAAAAAUUAAAUAAUAUAAGUAAUAAAAUAGUAGCUUUAACUUUAAUUCUAAAUGAUAUCAGUGAGAUAUAUGAAAAUUUCGACAAACCCGAAAAGGAAAUUAUACUAGCUCUAGAUAAUCUGAAAUAUGCUUUGGAACAAACAUGUAGCGAGUUAACCCUUAAUGAGAAAAUGGAAAUUGUUUCACAAUCGCUGAAUAUGUUCAAUAACUAUAUUAUUCAAACCGAAAACACAAUUCAGAAAUACGUUUUCGAACGCAGAAAUGACGUAACUCUAUUUAGAGAAAUGAAAAAAUCGAUAUCUCAAUUGAAGUUGUCUAUAAGUAACGAACCAAAUUCACAUCUCAAAAAAUUGUCAGAUAGCUUGAAUAUUUUGCAAGAAGCCAUAAACGAUCAACAAAAAAUAAUUACGGAAACUGAGAAUGAUAUAUCAAAUGCUAUUUUAAACGCUAUAAAUCUUCCAAAAAUGAUAACUAAUUGUCAAACAAAUAUUUCCUCUAAGUCUAAGGAAGUUCUUUAUAAUAUAGAACAAUUGAAGAUCAGCAUUAAUAAUACAAUAGCAGUUACAAAAAACUUAGAACUAUUCAAACCCAUUAAUUUAGCUCUGGAAAUUCUAUAUGAAGAUGUAUGUAGCUUAAUAAACAGCGUUGCACCUUCAGAACAAGAAGAGAUUGUAGAGAGACUAGAAGAACAUAAAAAAAAUGAUCAAUUUAUAUUAGAAACAGAGGCAACAAAACUUCAAGCACCAGAUGACGAAAAGUCUAAGCAAAAAUUAAUAAAUACCGAAGAGAUUUCACAUAAAGAUUUGGAAAAUAUAAAAAUUAACAAUAAGGAAAUAGUAGAAGAAGAUAAAAUAGAGAAGCAAACUUCAAUCGAAAAUGAGGUCGGAGAAAAAACUGAACACAAUAAAAAAGAGGAAAACGAUGUAUUAGAGAGUAAAGGGGGUGAUAAUAAUUUAGAUAAAGGCGAGCUUAAGAAGGAUCAAAAUGUAACAAAAAAGAAAAAAAACAGAAGUAGUAAAUCUAAGCUGGAGAAGGAAGAAGAAAAUAUUAUAAAAGUACAAGAAGAAGAUAAGGAAAGUGUUAGUGUAGGCAGUGAUCAAAAUUAUCACAAGCAAAAAUGUGAUGAUAACUCUGAAGUAGAGGAACAAGACAAGUUUAGUAAAGAUAAAGAAGAAGUAGAAAAACUAAAUAUGAAAAAACAUUAUAACGUGGCAGAAAAAGUUAUUGAUAAAGAUAAAACAACUAUCGAAGAGAAAGUAUUCUUACCAGAAACGGAAACUAAAGAAAAGGAAAGAACUGAUAAGGUUGUACAACAAGCUAAUUUAAAGGAAAGUAAACAAAAAGUUUCUUUGAAAGAGAAAGUAGAGCUCAAAGAGAAGAAGAAGAAUAGUAUGGAUGAACGAGAUGAAGACAAAGAAUCAGAAGAAUCACUAUUACUGAAAGGGCAGAUAAAUGGAGAUAUUAGAACUAUAGAACAAGAGAAAACCAGUCACUACAAUGAAAAGAAUAUACAAAUCGAUGAAUUUGGAAAAGCAUCUAAGAUCGAAGCAGAUACACCAAGUUCAUUAAAAAUAAAGGAAAAUGUUAAGAAUCACAAAGAGGGAGCAGAUAAGAAAAUGAUUAAACAAAAAAUGGAAAUAGAAGCAGAUGUGGAUAUUAGAAAAAACGUAAGCAAACAAGAUAAAAAUGAUAAAUUUUCUUACGAUGAAAAUGAAAUUCGUAAUAAAGCAGAACAACAAUAUGAUAACCACGAAACGAAGAGAAUAUCUAGAGUAACUGAUCAAACUAGAAUAUUCACGGAUAAUUUAGAUUCAUGUAAACCUUCAACGCACCAAAGAAUUGUAUACGCCGGAAGAAAGCCGUUCUUUACAUCGAAUUUGAAAAAUUGUUCUACAAAAAUUGGAUCUGAAAUACAUUUAAGUUGUAGUUUGGUACCCGAUGAAAAUCUAUCAAUUACUUGGCUGAAAAAUAACACGUUAAUACAAAACACUUCUAAUUGUCAUAUAAACUUUUCUAGUAACAUAGCAACAUUAGAUGUUCACUGCGCUAAUUUGGAUGAUGCUGGUGAAUAUUGCUGUGUAGCUAAAAAUGAGCAUGGAGAGAGUGUUACAUACGCACACAUUAAAGUAUGUGAAGAGGAAGACGAUACUCAGUAUCUACAUCCCACUUUUAUAUCUAAUAUUACAAACAAUUACAGAAAAACUGAAGACGAAGUUAUAUUGCAAUGUAAAGUAAAAAGUCUCACAGAACCACGUAUAAAAUGGUAUAAAGAUGAAGAAGAAUUAACUUUAGGAACCAAAUACUCCCAAAGUUAUUCACCAGGUGGUAUUUGUAGAUUAUCUAUCAAUAAACCUGAUAUUACCGACAACGGGCGUUAUUCUUGUAGAUUGGAAACGAAUUUGUGGUCUGAUCAAUUAUCUUACGAUUACAAAUUCGAUAGGAGAAAUUUACGAAGAAGAGAACUACCAAGUCGUGAUAGCAGCUCUACUACGUCAUAUUUUGCAAAUAUUAUGACUGAUACGUAUGUUUCUGAUGGAGGAACUAUGGCUUUUCAAGUAGAGGUAAGAGGCAGUCCUUUAAACGUAUCUUGGUAUAAAGAGGAUUUGAGAUUAACGAAUUUUUCGAAAAGACACAAAAUCUUUACUGAACGUAACAUUCACACAGUAUUAAUUCCCGACGUGAAGGAAUAUGAAAGCGGGAAAUAUACGUGCAGAGCUAUAUAUCCUGAAAGAACAAUAGACACUUCCGCAUAUGUACAAGUUGUGAAAAAAACUUUAGCCCAUGGAAAACCGCCCCUAUUUCUGUCAAGGCCAGAUAAAAUAUUGAGUCUUAGAGAAGGGGAUGAUAUCGUCGUGUCUUUUAGAAUAUCCGGAGAGCCUAAACCUACAGUUGCUUGGAUGAAAGGUCUCAAAGAUAUUACUACGAGUAUGAGAUCUUAUAAAGAGCAAUCAGACGAUUAUAUGAGAUUGACUUUGAAAAGAAUAACUGCGGAAGAUGCUGGAACAUACUGCAUUCUUGCGAAAAAUCGAUAUGGUUGCGAUAGAGCUUUCUUUACCGUUAGACUAAGAGACCGAGCAAGAUCCUUAACUCCGAUAAGAAAUCAAUUUUUGUUAGAAUUUCAAUCGUAUCAUGAAAUGUAUAAAGAAACUGAUGUACCAAAUCCAAUUCCUCACCCACCGGCGGUUGUGGAAUGUGGAAGAAAUUGGCUAUGUUUAUCUUGGGAAAAGCCUCAGCAGUCACAUAUACCCGUAUUAGCGUAUCGCGUUGAAAUGUGGACAAGAGGAGAAGAAGGAGCCAGAUGGACAGAAGCUGGAAUAACGCCGCUAACUUCUUAUGACGUGUUCAAUUUGAAACCUGAAGUAGAAUACCAGUUCCGAAUUACUCCAAGAAACAGGUAUGGUUGGGGAGAGAGCGUCCAGAGCGGAGUUAUAACUUUAGGUAAACCUACUAGUUUGCCUGAAUUCACGAAAAUAUUACCCAGCCAAUUGAAAGCUUUGAUAGGAACGCAAGUUACUUUGGAAUGUGAGGUCGAAGGAGAACCGAUUCCGACAGUUCGAUGGUUAAAAGAUUCCCAAGAGGUAUUCCCUGAUGAAGAUCAACGAUACAAGAUUUCACAAGAGAACAACGUAUGUCGAUUAACUAUAUCAAAUCUCCAAGAAAAUGACAGUGGACGUUUCAUUUGUGAAUCGAAUAAUAAAGUUGGAAGAGUGUCAACUUUCGCACGAUUAUAUGUUGUUAAAGAUCCAAAAAUAUUAUCCGCCGAAACUGGAUUAAGAUUGGGUAUCAGCAACUUUAACAGUACAGACCCAAUACCACCACAGUUUACCAUGAGAUUGAGAGAUCGACGUGUGGAAAUGACUUAUCCCGUUAGACUAACUUGUCAAAUUAUGGGACGUCCAACUCCAAGCAUUAAAUGGUUUAAAGAUAGUUCGGAAAUAGUUGAAAAUGAUCGCCACACAUUUUCCGUUGAUGAUAAUUUUUAUACUCUGGAAAUUAUUAAAACCCAUGCAGAUGAUUCCGGAACCUACAGCAUAUCAGCACAAAACAUUCAUGGUUCAGUUUCGUGCCACUGUAAUUUAGUGGUCGACACGGGUAUAAAGGGAUAUAUCUCUCCCGUUUUUAUCAACCAUUUACAACCAUCAGAAGGCAAAGUAAAAGAAGGUGACGAAUUCAGAUUAUCUGGUCGAGUAGAGGCUUAUCCUGGAGUGGGAUUAACUUGGUAUAAAGACGGAAUUCGGUUGAGACCAUCAAGACGUUUUGUGAUAACUCUAUCUUACGAUGGUACCGUUUUAUUAUCAAUUGGAAGCAUUUCGAAGAAGGAUUCUGGACUUUACACCUGCGUUUGUAGUAAUGAAGUUGGUAGGGCUCAAUCUUCGGCGAGAAUUGAAGUCUUAGAUAAAUCGCUAGAGAUACAAGCCAAACCUGAGUCUAUUCACUCUGAAUUUCCAUACUCAAAAGAACCAAGAUUUUUGAAGAAACCUCGAUCUACAGAAGCACAUGAAGGGGACAAUAUUAUCAUUAUGUGUGAAGUAAUUGGUGAUCCUAAACCAGAUGUGAUGUGGCUUAGAGAUUUCUUAAAACCUGAUUAUUAUCGAGAUGCCGCCCAUUUCUAUCGGAUAGAGAACACACCUGAAUAUAGGCUCGAGAUACCAAAUGCAAAAAUAGACUAUACAGGAACUUAUACCAUUUACGCCAAAAAUUGUCAUGGAGAUGCCAAAGCAAUUAUAUCAUUACAAAUAAAAGUAAAAGACUCAAAACCUCCUGAAAAAGGGAUAGGAAAAACAAAAAUUGCCGAUAUUCAAACGUUCCCGAAAAUUGUUAAAGACUUAAGUAGUAUUCGAUGCUGUGACGGUGACUCAGCUACUCUUGAAUGUCAAGUAUUCGCUACCCCCUUACCUGAUAUUCGUUGGGAGAGAAGUGGAAAGUUGCUGCAUUUAGGAGGUGAUUUUCUGGCCGAAUUCGAUGGAGAAACUGCAAGAUUGGUAAUAAAGCGAGUAUAUCCCGAAGAUGAAGGAGAAUAUACCUGUGUAGUUUAUAAUGAAUUAGGAAAAGCUUCUACGUCGGCGUGUUUGAUUGUUGAUGUACCUGAAGAAAAGGAAAACCUCGUCAGUCAACAAUUGAAGCGCCCUACAGGCUUCUCUGACGUAUCAACUUCAAAUUCGUCUUCAAAUUCUACAUAUACCAGACCAAUAACAACUUCACCUCUUUAUAGAGAAAGACGUGUAACAGACUGUAGAUCCAGCAGAAUACGGGCAACACCCCCCAAAUUUUAUGCGUAUCCGCAUAACAGAGUAGCUGAACAAGGAGAAACAGUAAGAUUUCAAAGCGCAGUUGCUGGAUAUCCCGAUCCAUGGGUAACAUGGGAAAAAGACGGAAUACCGAUAGUACCUUCUACAAGACUGAGAAUUACAGAAAGAGAUGAUCUAAGAACUUUGGAAAUUACAGAUGUUAUUCCAAGUGAUUCGGGUGUUUACAAAAUAAUUUUGGAGAACGAUUUAGGCCGUGUAGAAACAUCAGCAAAACUAGAUGUUAUUGGUCAUCGAAUUCAAUCAUUAAGAGGUAUAAGAGCUAGAAGUUUGUCACCAAAACCCGCUCCCUAUUAUUCAAAGAGUUUUACAAGAGCGAGUAGCAAACCUUCGUUACAUUCCGACUAUAAAUCUUCAUUGUGCAAUUUAAGAAAAUAUAAAUACGAAAUAUUGGACAAUUUGGAAACGAAUGAUUGUGAGAGCUUAAUUAAUAAUAAUGAUAUAGAAUCGAAUAUGUCGAGAGAAAAAAAUUUAGUUCGUAAUGGAAAGAACGACGACUAUAUGCGACCGGAAAUUUUGAAGAGCCUUCCGAAAAAUUUAUACAUUUCCCAAAGUGGGCAAGCUUUUUUAGAGCUGGAUAUAAUUGGAGCUGAGCCUUUAGAUGUGGUUUGGAUGAAAGAUGGCUGUAUUUUGCCAAAUUGCUCUGAUUUUCAGCAAAUAAAUGAAAAUGGAAGGAUAAAACUCGUCUUACCUAACGUUAAUAAGCAUGAUGAUGGAAAUUAUAGGUGUGAAAUUUAUAAUUUGUAUGGAGAUGCAUUUUCAACGUGCCAUUUAAUAGUAGAAGAUAGAUGUUCAAAAAAAUCUGUUCAUAUACAACCGUCAUGUAUUUUCCCCGUUAGAGGAACACUAACAUCCGAACCAAACAAAUUUAAGGUAGAGGAAGACGGUGACGCGAACAUUUUUCACGUCGUGGGGGCGACGAGAUCAGAUGCAAGUCCGAGCAAUUCUUCGCAAUUUAGCAGCAGUAUCGAAAGUGUUUCAUCACAACCCGCAGUACCGUCGAUUGCGAUAGCGCGGCGUACCAAAAAUCUCGCGAGUUUCGGUCGAGAGUGCGGUAGUGAUAGUGGAGUAGGCUCUAUGGAGGAAACUGUGCAAAUCGAAGAAACGCCGCCGGUACUUCUUAGAGGACCUCAGGAUACUACAGCACUUGUAGGAGAUCGAGUACUCCUUAAGGCAACUUACACGGGAUAUCCGGAACCCAUAGUAAAGUGGACUAAAGCGGGCCGAGAGCUAAAAAAUGACGAAUGUACGAGCAUAACAUCCGGUGACGGUGUUUCCUGUUUGCUGUUACAGAACAUCACAGCUGACGACAGUGGAAAAUAUGAUGUGUCUGUCACAAAUGUACAUGGAAAGGAUUCCAACUAUGCUUCUGUUGCAGUUGAAGGACCACCGGAUCCUCCAAGUGGCACCCCUUGUAUAACAACAUCAUCGGAUAACGUUACCUUAACCUGGAGUAGCUCCCCAUAUGAUGGCGGUAAAAUAGUUAAUGGAUAUGCUGUAGAAUAUUCAAUGGUGGGCAGUGAUAUUUGGACGACUGCCGUCGAAGAAUGUCAUUCUCUUAGCUAUGUUGUCAGAGGAUUACAGCCGGGAGGACGGUAUGUUUUCAGGAUACGAGCUAUUAACGUACAUGGAUACAGUCGACCUAGUCUUGAAUCGGAUAUAGUACAAUUAGAAGAGCACAAUGAGUGUAGUUAUUUCAAACCUAGAAUAGUGUCGGUAGAACCAGGUCCUGAAUUUAAGACUCGUUACGAAGUCUUGGAAGAAUUAGGAAAAGGGCGAUAUGGAGUUGUACAUAAAGUUAUUGACAAAGAAACUAAUCAAAAACUGGCCGCUAAAUUUAUUAAGUGUAGAACUUCCAAAGAUAGAGAUAAGGUACAGGACGAAAUUGAUAUAAUGAAUCUCCUCAGACACCAAAAACUUUUACAAUUAGCUGCCGCUUUCGAAAAUCCCCGGGACAUGAUAAUGGUCAUGGAAUACAUAUCCGGUGGUGAGCUUUUUGAGAGAGUGGUGGCGGACGACUUCACGCUUACAGAAAAAGACUGCAUUUUAUUUAUGAGACAAAUAUGCGAAGGUGUAGCCUAUAUGCAUUCGCAAAACAUCGUUCAUUUAGAUCUGAAACCCGAAAAUAUUAUGUGUCAUACAAGAACUUCUCAUGAGAUAAAGAUAAUUGAUUUUGGAUUAGCUCAGAAAAUCGAUCCUAAGCAACCAAUAAGGGUAUUAUUCGGCACGCCGGAAUUCAUACCACCCGAAAUAAUCGGUUACGAACCAAUAGGAGUUGAAUCUGACAUGUGGUCUAUUGGAGUAAUAUGUUAUGUACUAUUAUCGGGACUUUCCCCGUUUAUGGGUGACAACGACUCUGAAACGUUUACAAAUAUCACACGUGCCGACUAUGAUUUCGAAGACGAAGCUUUCAAUACGGUAUCUCAAAAUGCGAGGGAUUUUAUUGGAGCUUUAUUAGUGAAAAGAAAAGAAGAUCGCUUGUCUGCCGAACAAUGCUUAAAACAUAUAUGGCUCGAUCCGGAAACACAUCAACAGACUGUCAUUUUGUGUACAGACAAGCUGAAGAAAUUCAUAAUUCGUCGUAAAUGGCAAAAGACUGGCAAUGCUAUCAGAGCUCUUGGCAGAAUGGCAACUCUAUCCGCUAGUAGAAGGAAUUCUGCUAACUCUACGCCUAACACCCCCAGAUCAUCGAUUUCGGGAAAUUCCAUACCUCGAAUGUCAAGCGUAAACGAAGAAGAUAGCAAUAUUAAUAGUAUCGAAAAAAAUACUUUCGAAAGUGAAGCUGAAGAUUAUCUAACGAAAAUUAAUCAGUUAAUCCGAGAAGAAAGUAAAGAGGAGAAUUGUCAUGAAAACGAAUUAAUAGAAAUUACUGAUAAAAUUUCAAUAGAUAAUCAGGAGACUAUCGAAGGAAAUAUAGAAUUUUCGAAGGAUAUAUGUUUUCCUUUGAAGACAAUCGAAGAUCUUAAAAACGAAAGUAGUAAGGCUGUAAAAUCGAGAUCAUGUAGUGAUCGAAGUGAUAGUGGUAUAAGUGAUUGUUCGAGUUUUCUUACUAGUUCUAGUUCUACACCACGUUUAAGUAAAAAACUUUGCAUCAACGAAGAAAAUGAAAGUGACACCGAUGAACAAGUUUAUAGUUCAUCGAAAAUGUUAAUUAUUAAAAAUUACAAAAAUAAAUUCGAUAAUGAGAAAGUCGAAAGUAUAAGAGAAACAGACGAUUGUGAUAAAGAAGGAAGUGAUUCAGAGAUUAAAAAACCGAUUACAAGUUUUAGAUUGAAUAAGAAAAUUGAGAAUUUAACUAACCAGACAUCGAUUAAAGCCAAAACCCAAAAUGCGUCGAGCAGCUUAAAACGACUUCCAAUAUAUACCUCUAGAACCGUAGCGGGUACGAUAAAAAAAUUCGAUCAACCCGAUACGACCGACAAUGUCCCAUCAGCCUCUACCUAUGACAACGGAAUCGCAGUUAAAUUUUCAGAUAAAAGUCAUACCCCUCGUAGAUCUAGAGUAGAACAAAUGAAAGAAAAAUUCACUAACAACGACAAAGUUAACAAUUUAUCGGCCGGUUUACCAACGGUACGAUAUAGAAGCCCUUCACCAGCCGUAUUGAAAAAAACACAGGCUAUUAUAGCUAAAGAACAAAAUAACGAUUACUAUGUUGGUAAACAUGGAAAAAUUGAGCUUGAUCAAUCUAUUUCCCUACCGAAAUCACCCGCGUUGAAUACGAAAGAUAAACCAAAAAGUGACAGCUUCAAAAAAGCCGCCGCUUUUUGGAAUUCUCCAAAUACCUAAAUUAAAAAUAAUAAUACUAGAUAUUAAGUUAUUUCUCAUUUUGCCAAAAAUAUUCAUAACUUCGUUUGUAAGUAAGAUAGAAAAUAUUCUUUGAGUAAUUUCUAGUACUCCUAAAAAUCUCUGUACGAACAAAAAGUUACCGAGUUUCAAUUCAAAUAAAUGCAUUAAGUCAAUAGUUCCCAUCACUGUGAUGUAAUUUUUUUAUCGUAUAAAGAAGUUCUUUGUACUUUUUAAUCCAAAUGCUCUCUUUAAAAGCUCAUAUUCAUUGCCUUAAAAUGGGAAGUGGAAAAUCACAUUUUAUGGUGAAAGUGCAAGAAAGAAAGUUCUGAAGACUCGAGUAGUGUUCAGUUCUGGUGUGAUGUAGUGCUGCCAGAAUGCUAACAGUCUCAUUAGUAAAACUAAUCGCCUAACCUAACCUCAACUAACCUAGGUGAGGUUAGGUUAGUUUAGACACUAUACAGAAUUGAUUACUACACGGCACAGUCUUCAGAACUAUCAUUCUCGCAUCCUCACUAUAAAACGUGAUUUUCUGAAACCUCGAAAAGAGUUGCACUUUGCUUGAAAAGUACAAAGAACUUCUUUUUAAGGUAAAAACAUUACAGCACAGUGAUUGGAAGUAUUUUUCUGUGAUCCCGGAACUCUUACUUGACAGACCUUUCAAGUUGAUGUUCACACAAACAGGAAAUUGGUGGUAGUUGUGUUCACUUUCAACAAAUUAUCAAUUUAAUAUCAAAAAAGCAGAGACAACAAAAAAAUUAUUCAACAGAAAUUGUGAGUUGUGUAACAGAAUAUAACAAAAAUUUAUUACCAACAAUUAUUUCAAAUUUCCCCUUCUAUCGAUACAUCCACAUAAAAAUAUAGAUCUGAAAAUAUUUAAAUCUUCUGAAGCCAGAUUAUAAUUUUGGAAAAGGAGGUAUACCAAAAGUAUGAAGUGGAAUACCUCUUUGUGUAUAACUUAAUUUCUUAGAUUUCAUUUUUUUGAUGUGUUUUUUGUUUCUAAAUAAUGUACAUAGUGUUUUAUCUAUACCAAAUAAGUGCCUUUAAAGAUAAAAUAAAUGUAUAUAUUUUAGUCCGGUCAAUUUAGACAUUCGAAGUUACAUAAAUUCCCAACAAGCUAAAAAUCAGUAAAAUAGUUCCAAAUAUAAUUAAAAAUAAAAUUUGAAAGUUCCACAUCGUUCCCGUGUAAGGAAAAAAUUGUACUCAAAGUUAAAGGUAAAAAAAUAAGUUUUUCGCGAUUUUCAGAAAAAUUUUAAGUUUUAUUAUAAAAAUACCUUUAACAAAAAUUGUAGAUCAUAAAAUCAUCUACAAAAAUCGUAUCAAUAUUUUUUUCCUACGAGCCACCGUUUCUGAUAUAUAAUGCUUCAAAAAGUUGUAAUCGUCAUAAAUGCAAAUGUUUCCGCUCCACCUAUGAGGUAGUGUACUUACCGCGUUUUUUUAACGUGGUUUCCUCAGUAGGCCUAUUCUACGGGUCUGUUGUGAUAAUGGAAACAAAACAAAAACAAUUAAAUCAUCCGUCAGAUUCUUCUUCUUCUUCACCUAUAUGCAUGGAAAUUGCGUCCAUAGCGAUGUAUCGCAUGUCGCAUUCUUUGGAAUCAACCGGAUCCUCAACUGUUGGUGAUGCAAUAUUAGAGCACGAUCGGUCUUGACAAGGUGUACAUGCCAGAGAAAAGAACUUUUUGCAACCACAUUUAGCACUGCAUAACUUUUUGCAGUUGAAAAAAUUGUGUUCAGCAGUUUUUCCGGCGUAGGUAUGAUUAAAGUUUGAACCGCUUCUAAUGUAUUGUUGACCAACUUCCAACCCCAGUCUGUAGGAUCUAGCUGAUAACCAAGCCACACUUGAACUUGGUAAUAGAUCAGCUGUAAACACUGAGCAUAUCCAAUACUGCAGCAAAAGAAGGGGACACACUAGAUCAUUGUAUACGACACUCUGAGCUUUAUAAGAUAUAAUCACACCAAACGCGUUAGCGACAAAGCGGCGAUGAUCAGAACAGUCUUAGCACCACUAAUGCCCAACGUAGGAGGUUUAAAACAGAAAAAGAAGAAACUACUUUCAUCCAUUGUAACCUUUGUACUCACUUAUGGCAUUCCAAUAUGGGCUGAUGCAUAAUUUUCUACAAAAAAAGGUCUCCAGUCAUUUUUUCAUUGGAGCCACUAUUUCUGAUAAAUAUCCUUCAAGAGCAUCUGCUCGCGAAUUCCCGCCAGUGCGAAUUCAAGCCAAUUUACGUUCCAGGCGCACAUAGAAACUGCUCUAACUCUUGGAAAACUACUUCGUUUUCAAAAAAUCAAAUUAGAUCUUGAUGUUUAAUAUCUCCAUUUUCUAUUCGGGUAAGCUAGCAUAAUUUGAGACUUGGAAAAUUUGAGGUAUUUUUAUGAUAUAACUUACCGUUUUACUAACAAUCAUGAAAAACUCAUUUUUUUUUACCUUUGACCUUGAAUAAAAUUUUUUCCAUACACGGGAGUGAUGGGGACCUUUCAAAUUUCAUAUUUAAUCAUAUCUUCUUCUUGGUGAAAAUUUAUGUAGCUUUACUCUUAAUGUUUAGUCUAAUUUGACCGGACUAUUUACAGAUUUAUUUUUGUGUUAAUGAAUGAACUGUUAUACCCUCCAAUAUUUAUGAUUGUAUGUAAAUAUAUUAGACGUUUGAUUUAAUAAAAAAACGGUCAUUGUUCUAUAA